AUGGCCACCGGACACCCCAACCUUCACAGCUUUGCCAACUCCGAUGAACUAGCUGCGCAAUUGCGAGGCUACGUCCUCCGCUGCCAGAAUUCCGCUCUUUCCCGGCACGGCACCUUCCGCCUCGCCGUCUCCGGCGGCUCCCUGCCUACCGUCCUGGCCAAAGCCCUCCUCGCCACCAGCAAUGGCCUCCCGGAAGAUACCCCCCAAUUCUCCAAGUGGCACAUCUUCUUCGCCGACGAGCGCGCCGUACCGCUCGACCAUGAGGAUAGCAACUACCGUCUGCUGAACGACGAGCUCGUCGCCAAGAUCCCUUUCGAGCUCGGCACACCUGUCGUCCACCCCAUCGACAAGCAGCACAUUGAGGAUGACGAUCCUCAGGAACUCGCAGAUCUCUAUCAAGAGGAUCUGAUGCGCGAGUUUGCCGCCAAGGACAGCGUCAAGUUGCCCGCCUUCGAUCUCAUCCUCCUGGGCUGCGGCCCCGAUGGCCACACCUGCUCGCUCUUCCCUGGCCAUGCCUUGCUUCGCGAGAAGGAUGCUUGGGUUGCGCCUGAGACAAACUCGCCCAAGCCCCCGCCUAAGCGCAUCACCCUUACCCUGCCGGUUGUUACCCACGCUAUCAACAUUGCCUUUGUCGCGACAGGCGCGGGCAAGAAGGAAAUCCUUAAGCAGAUCUUUGAUCUUGAGGAGGGAUCCAGUCUUCCUUCCGCUCUGGUUAACCAGGGUGCUGGUGAUAAGGUGACCUGGUUCACUGAUCACCCGGCAGUGGAUGGUGUUUCAUUUCCUCGUCGUGGGAGUCUUUGA